AUGGCCUUUCUGCCUUCUGGUGAGACCCAGUCCCAGGACAAGGCGAACUACCUGCCCCGGAGUAGCCCCCAGAACCUGACUGCCUACUACGCGUCUGUCCCAGGCCACUUUAAGAACCUCGUCGCCACCACCGAGGAGAAUGUCUGGAAACUGGCAGCUGCAGUGUCUGAGUCCCAGGCGACGGCCCCUCUCAGUGCUUUCGGGACGACUCCUCCCUUGUGGAACCCGGGUCUGCCUGUGCAGAGCACAGAGCCGCUAUACAAUCUGCCCUGGUACAAGUUGUCACCAUGGUACCCAGUUCCCCAAUUUACUCCUGAGGUACCACGAUUUCUAGACAGCACUGAGCAUAGGAGCAGCAGCGGUUCCAGCGGCCAAAAUUUGGUCCCCGUCGGCGGCCAAAUCAACAGAGACCAGUUGUGGGGAGCUGAAAAUUUACUUCUGCCAUCCCCGGUAAUUGCUUCUCUACUACCUGAUGGAAUUAAGUCUUCCCAGUCAAUAUCUGUCCCCCAAACCUUGAACCAAGAGGGGAAACUGUCUUUUCGCGGCUUCAACUUCACAGAGGAGGAACUGCGCUUCGUUCUGUAUGGAGCCAUCGCUAGUCCGGAACACCCAGCUGGCCUACAGCAUGCAAUUUCAGGCAUCCUGGCUCCCACAGAGAGUCCUGGGUCUAAUCAUCUUCGUAAAACACUGGACAAAGACUCCCUUCAGCUUCCGGAAGGUCUCUGUCUCAUGCAGACAGCAUUUGGCGAUGCUCUGCACUUUGGCGUGUUCUGUAGCAACUUCAUUGCCAAAGGAGUGAGAUUUGGACCCUUUCGAGGUAAAGUGGUCAAUGCCAGUGAAGUGAAGACACACAGGGACAAUUCUCGGAUGUGGGAAAUUUUUGAAGAUGGUCACCUGAGCCAUUUUAUUGAUGGCAAAGCUUCUGGGAACUGGAUGUCGUAUGUCAACUGUGCUCGAUUCCCCAAGGAGCAGAACCUGGCUGCCGUGCAGCACCAAGGGCAGAUAUUUUAUGAGAGCUGUAAAGACAUCCACCAGAACCAGGAGCUGCUUGUGUGGUAUGGAAACAGCUAUGAGAAGUUUCUGGACAUUCCCAUGAACCUCCAGGUCACUGAGCACGAAGGCAAGCAGCUGUCUGAGCCCUCUGAGGAGUCCACAGAAGGUUACAGAUGCGAACGCUGUGGAAAGGUGUUUACCUACAAGUACUACAGAGAUAAGCACCUCAAGUACACUCCCUGUGUGGAUAAGGGGGAUAGGAAGUUUCCAUGUUCUCUCUGCCAAAGAUCCUUUGAAAAGCGUGACCGACUCCGGAUCCACGUUCUUCAUGUCCAUGAAAGGCACCGGCCCUACCUGUGUUCAACAUGUGGGAAAAGCUUCUCUCAGUCUUCCAGCCUGAACAAGCACAUGCGAGUCCACUCCGGAGACAGGCCAUACCAGUGUGUGUACUGUACAAAGAAGUUCACUGCUUCCAGCAUACUCCGAACACACAUUAGACAGCACUCCGGAGAGAAGCCCUUCAAGUGCAAGCAUUGUGGUAAAGCUUUUGCAUCCCAUGCUGCCCAUGACAGCCAUGUCCGGCGCUCACACAAGGAGGAUGGCCGUAGCUCCUGCAAUGUUUGUGGGAAAGGCUUCCUGGAUCAAGAGGCUUUCUAUGCCCACAUGAAGCUUCAUAAAACCUGCUAG